AUGGCUGCGUCGGAGCUGUAUACAAAGUAUGCCCGGGUGUGGAUCCCAGAUGCGGAGGAGGUGUGGAAGUCAGCCGAACUCAUCAGGGACUACAAGCAGGGUGACAACAUCCUGCACCUCCAGCUGGAGGAUGGCUCGGAACUGGAACACAAGUUGGAUCCGAAGACAAAGAAUUUGCCCCACUUGCGAAACCCCGACAUCUUGGUGGGGGAGAACGACCUGACGGCCCUCAGUUACCUGCACGAACCGGCCGUUCUCCACAACCUCAAAGUGCGCUUCAUCGACUCCAAACUCAUCUACACCUACUGCGGUAUUGUUUUGGUAGCCAUAAAUCCCUAUGAGAAUUUGCCUAUUUAUGGAACGGACAUCAUCAAUGCCUACAGUGGACAGAACAUGGGGGACAUGGAUCCCCACAUUUUUGCGGUGGCUGAGGAGGCUUACAAGCAGAUGGCCAGAGAUGAGAGGAAUCAGUCGAUCAUCGUGAGCGGGGAGUCAGGCGCUGGGAAGACGGUCUCGGCCAAAUACGCCAUGCGUUACUUCGCCACGGUCAGCGGCUCCGCCAGCGAGGCCAACGUGGAGGAGAAAGUUCUGGCCUCGAACCCCAUCAUGGAGGCCAUAGGAAAUGCCAAGACCACCAGGAAUGACAACAGCAGUCGCUUCGGAAAGUACAUCGAGAUCGGAUUCGACAACCGGUACAGGAUCAUCGGAGCCAACAUGAGGACUUACCUUCUGGAAAAAUCCCGAGUUGUGUUUCAGGCGGAUGAGGAGAGGAACUACCAUGUCUUCUACCAGCUGUGUGCCUCCUCCCAUUUACCCGAGUUUAAAGCUCUGAAGCUAGGCAGUGCAGAUGACUUCCAUUACACCAAGCAGGGACGAAACCCCGUCAUCGACGGUGUGGAUGAUGCCAAGGAAAUGUCUACGACCAGAAAUGCAUUCACACUGCUGGGAAUCAAUGAAUCGUAUCAAAUGGGACUCUUCCAAGUUCUGGCUGCUAUCCUUCAUCUCGGCAACGUGGAAAUUAAAGACAGAGAUUCCGACAGCAGCGUCAUUCCGCCCAACAACAGCCACCUGACGGUGUUCUGCGAGCUGAUGGGUGUGACGUACCAGGACAUGUCUCACUGGCUGUGUCAUAAGAAGCUGAAGACGGCCACGGAGACGUACAUCAAGACCAUCCCCAAACUGCAGGCCAUCAACGCCAGAGACGCCCUCUCCAAACACAUCUACGCCAAGCUCUUCAACUGGAUCGUCGACCACGUCAACAAAGCCCUGCACUCCGCCGUCAAACAGCACUCUUUCAUCGGCGUUCUGGACAUUUACGGGUUUGAAACGUUUGAGAUAAACAGCUUUGAGCAGUUUUGUAUUAAUUAUGCCAAUGAGAAACUCCAGCAGCAGUUUAACAUGCAUGUUUUCAAACUGGAACAGGAGGAAUACAUGAAGGAGCAGAUUCCCUGGACCCUCAUUGACUUCUAUGACAAUCAGCCCUGUAUAAACCUGAUUGAAGCCAAAAUGGGAAUCUUGGACCUCCUGGAUGAGGAGUGCAGGAUGCCCAAGGGCUCAGACGACUCCUGGGCCCAGAAGUUGUAUAACACCCAUCUGAAGACGUGUGCUCUGUUUGAAAAACCGCGCAUGUCCAACAAAGCAUUCAUCAUUCAGCACUUUGCUGAUAAGGUGGAGUACCAGUGCGAAGGAUUCCUGGAGAAAAACAAAGACACGGUGAACGAGGAGCAGAUAAACGUACUGAAGGCCAGCAAGUUUGACCUGCUGGUGGAGCUGUUCCAAGAUGAGGAGAAAGCCACCAGUCCGACCGGAGCCCCCACGGGGGGGCGCACGCGCCUCAGCGUCAAACCGGACAAGAGCCGACCCAACCAGACCAGCAAGGAGCACAAGAAAACCGUCGGCCUGCAGUUCCGGAACUCCCUCCAGCUUCUUAUGGAGACGCUGAAUGCAACUACUCCUCACUAUGUUCGCUGCAUUAAACCCAACGACUUCAAAUACCCCUUCACAUUUGACCCAAAGAGGGCAGUCCAGCAGCUCAGGGCCUGCGGGGUCCUGGAAACGAUCCGCAUCUCGGCCGCGGGCUUCCCGUCCAGGUGGACCUAUCAGGAGUUUUUCAGUCGUUAUCGGGUGCUCAUGAAGCAGAAGGACGUCCUGACGGACAAGAAACUCACGUGCAAGAACGUUCUGGAGAAACUGGUGCAGGACCCAGACAAGUACCAGUUUGGCAAAACCAAGAUCUUCUUCAGAGCCGGCCAGGUGGCCUACCUGGAGAAACUGCGAGCCGACAAGCUGCGUGCCGCCUGCAUCCGCAUCCAGAAGACGAUCCGCUGCUGGCUGGCCCGCAAGAAGUACCUGCGCAUGAAGAACGCCGCCAUCACCAUCCAGAGACACGUCCGCGGUUACCAGGCCCGCUGCCUGGCUAAGUUCCUGCGCCGGACCCGGGCGGCGAUCAUCAUUCAGAAAUACCAGCGCAUGUACGUGCAGAGAACGCGUUACAGGCGCAUGCAGGCCGCUGCCCUGGCCAUGCAGUGCAUCCUGCGGGCAUACAUGGCCAGACAGCACUACAAAGCACUUCUGCGCGAGCACAAGGCGAUCAUCAUUCAGAAGAUGGUGCGCGGCUGGUUGGCGCGGCAGUGGUACAAACGCUCCCUGGCCGCCAUCGUGUACCUGCAGUGCUGCGUGAGGCGCAUGCGCGCCAAGCGCGAGCUGAAGAAGCUGAAGAUAGAGGCGCGCUCGGUGGAGCACUUCAAAAAACUCAACAUCGGCAUGGAGAACAAGAUCAUGCAGCUGCAGAGAAGGAUCGACGAACAGAACAAGGAGAACCGGGUGCUGAGCGAGAAACUGAGCGGGCUGGAGAGCACGUACACCGUGGAGAGCGAGCGUCUGCGCAGCGAAGUGUCGCGUCUGCGUGGAACAGAGGAGGAGGCCAGAAACAACGCCAACCGCAUCACCUCUCUUCAGGAGGAGCUGGCCCGUCUGCGCACGGAGCUGCAGACCACACGGAACGAAAAGAAAGCCAUCGAAGACUGGGCUGAGACCUACCGCGAUGAGAUGGAACAGAUGGUGUCGGAGCUGAAGGAGCAGAAUGGUCUGCUGAAGAGCGAGAAGGAGGAUCUGAAUCGGCUGAUUCAGGAGCAGAGCCAGCAGAUGACAGAGAAAAUGGCCAAGGCUCUGCAGCAAGAAACACAGCAGCUGGAGAACGAGCUGAACGAGGAGAGAUCUCGCUACCAGAACCUCCUGACAGAGCACCUUCGCCUGGAGGAACGCUACGACGACCUCAAAGAGGAGAUGACCCUCAAUGUGAACAUUCCCAAGCCAGGCCACAGGCGCACAGACUCCACCCACAGCAGCAACGAAUCGGAAAGCACCUACACCUCCGAGUUGGUGGAGUCCGAAGAAAGCUCCCGAGGAGGGGAGGUGAGAGCUGCUCUGGACAUGUCUCUGUUCCUGAAGCUACAGAAGAGAGUGAUGGAACUGGAACAAGAAAAACAGUCGCUGCAGAACGAGUUGGACAAAAGAGAGGAGCAGUUUCAGCGGGCUAGAGCCAGGGACGAUGAGGAGCAUAAGAAGGCACGCAGUGCAGAGCUGGAGUACGAGUCUCUUAAGCGCCAGGAGCUGGAGUCGGAGAACAAGAAGCUGAAACACAAUCUGAACGAGAUCCGGCAGUCCCUGAGCGGGAAUGCCGGUGCCGGCUCGGCCGCCCCGGGCUCUCCGUCUUACAAGGUGCUCCUGGACCAGCUCAACUCCUCCAACGAGGAGCUGGAAGUCCGCAAGGAGGAGGUGCUGAUCCUGCGCUCCCAGCUGGUUAGCCAGAAGGAGGCCAUGCAACACAAGGAUGAAAAGGAGACCAUGACCGAGCCAAUGCACUAUGUGGAGGAUGUUCAGAAGAUGAAGGAUGCUGGGGAGAUUACCCAGGCUUACAUGGGCCUCAAAGACACCAACAGAUCCCCCAUCCCAGACCUCCAUAAACUGAAUGAGGAUGGAGAACUAUGGCUGGUGUAUGAGGGCUUAAAGGAGACCAACAGACUGUUGGAGUCCCAGCUGCAGGCGCAGAAGCGGAGUCACGACAACGAGGUGGAGGUGCUGCGUGGGGAGCUGCAGAGCAUGAAGGAGGAGAACAACCGACAGCAGCAGCUCCUGGCCCAGAACCUCCAGCUGCCCCCGGAGGCGCGCAUCGAAGCCAGCCUCCAGCACGAGAUCACACGCCUGACCAACGAGAACCUGGAUCUCAUGGAGCAGCUGGAGAAACAGGACCGAACUGUCCGCAAACUCAAGAAACAGCUCAAGGUUUUUGCCAAGAAGAUCGGCGAACUGGAAGGAGGGCAGGUGGAGAACAUCUCUCCGGGUCAGAUGGUGGAUGAGUCCAUACGGCCGGUGAACAUCCCACGGCGGGAGAAAGACUUCCAGGGAAUGCUGGAGUACAAGAAGGAGGACGAGCUGAAGCUGGUCAAGAACCUCAUCCUGGAGCUGAAGCCCAGAGGUGUUGCAGUAAACUUCAUCCCUGGUCUGCCUGCCUACAUCCUCUUCAUGUGUCUGCGUCACGCCGACUACGUCAACGACGAUCAGAAAGUGCGUUCGCUGCUCACCUCCACCAUCAACAGCAUCAAGAAGAUCCUCAAGAAAAGAGGGGAUGACUUUGAGACCGUGUCGUUCUGGCUCUCAAACACUUGCCGUUUUCUGCACUGUCUGAAGCAGUACAGUGGAGAUGAGCAAUUCAUGAAGUUCAACUCGACCAAGCAGAAUGAGCACUGCCUGUCCAACUUUGACCUGGCCGAGUACAGGCAGGUCCUCAGUGAUCUAGCCAUUCAGAUCUAUCAGCAGCUCAUUAAAUGCAUGGAGAACAUCCUACAGCCCAUGAUCGUCUCGGGGAUGCUGGAGCAUGAGACCAUUCAGGGUGUGUCUGGACUGAAGCCCACGGGCCUGAGGAAGAGGACGUCCAGUAUCGCGGACGAAGGCACCUACACGCUGGACUCCAUCCUGCGUCAGCUCAACUCCUUCCACUCCAUCAUGUGUCAGCACGGCACCGACCCUGAGCUCAUCAAACAGGUCGUCAAGCAGCAGUUCUACAUCAUCGGCGCUGUCACCCUCAACAACCUACUGCUCCGCAAGGACAUGUGCUCCUGGAGCAAAGGCAUGCAGAUCAGGUACAACGUGAGUCAGCUGGAGGAGUGGCUGAGAGACAAGAACCUGAUGAACUGUGGGGCCAAAGAGACGCUGGAGCCUCUGAUCCAGGCGGCACAGCUCCUGCAGGUCAAAAAGAAAACGGACGAGGAUGCUGAGGCUAUCUGCUCCAUGUGCAACGCUCUGAGCACAGCACAGAUUGUGAAGGUGCUGAACCUGUACACACCGGUUAACGAGUUUGAGGAGAGGGUGUCGGUAACAUUUAUUCGAACCAUACAGAACCGCUUACGAGACCGGAUAGAGUCCCCGCAGCUCCUUAUGGACACCAAGCUCAUUUAUCCUGUCACAUUCCCGUUUAAUCCCUCCUCCCUGGGCCUGGAGACCAUUCAGAUUCCCGGCAGUCUCAACCUGGGCUUCCUCACUCGUGUGUAG